AAAAUACGAUUAAAGAGCUUGUUGCUGAGCUGAUUUGUUCAGACGACGGAAUAUAUCUCUUUGCAAUAACAGGUACCUUUCGAGAAAAAGGAGUCAACCGUUUAUUGAGCUGCGAGGUGAUGGCGACAAAUUUAACAGGAGCGGUGCACAUUCUUUUAUCCGUCACAGCAUUUCUUGGGAAUUCUUUCAUCCUUGUUGCCCUUCACAAGGAAUCUUCCCUCCAGCCGCCGUCCAAACUCUUGUAUCGUUGUCUGGCAACAACUGAUCUGUUGGUUGGUCUUGUUGCCCAGCCUCUCUGUGCUACCUUGGUCUUCUUGGAUCCCUGGACUCUCGAAGACUGGAAGAUUUUCCGUUACGUAAAUAAUGCGACCUUCAUCACAACCUUUGUGUUAUGUGGAGUGUCUUUAUUGACGAUGACGGCUAUAAGUGUUGACAGACUUCUCGCCCUGUUGUUGGGGCUGAGAUACAAGCAGAUCGUAACUUUGAAGCGCAUAUCUAUCAUUGUAGUUACCAUUUGGGUUUUAACUAUUUUUGCUUCUGUAUGUACCAUUUUUGAUAGGCGUAUAACCGUUUUGUGCGGUUACAUAUCUUUCCCAAUUUGCCUGAUGAUCUCAAUCGCCUCAUACACAAAAACAUUUUGCGUUCUUCUUCACCAUCGAGCUCAAGUACAAGAUCAUUCCAGUCAACAACAGCCGAGCCAACCAAAUGUACUGAACAUGGCGCGAUACAGAAAGGCAGUUUUCAGUGCGCUGUGGGUGCAGUUAGCACUAGUUGUUUGUUAUGCACCACGUUUUGUGGUAGAAAUUAUAUCCAACCACAGUACGACAUAUCCAUUGCACUUAUGGGUCAUUAGGGAAAUAGCAGUGGUCUUAGUUUACUUUAACUCGACAUUAAACCCGUUUCUUUACUGCUGGAAGAUCAGUGAGGUGAGACAAGCUGUAAAGCAGACAAUCAGGCAAGCACUUUGCUGUACAUGGAGUUAGAUCCCUUAUGCGUUGUAGUCGUAUUUAGAUACUUUAAAGCUGACCUUUAAAAUAAUGGGUUUUUCUAGAAAGCUCUUAGGAUAUUUUAUCAAAAGGAAGAAAUGAGAGACUCAACAAAACCGUCGCACAAGCUGUCGUUCAUAUUGUUUAUUUUCAUAUGGAAGACAUAGUACCUCUUAUCCUGAAAACGACAGCACAUAAUUAAACAAAACAAAAGAUAUGCGCGCAUGGUAUAGAAAGGAACGAGAUGUUUAAUUUUACUCUCUUGUCUUAUACUAAAGUAUGGAGUAAAACGGAGAGCUG